CUCUAACGAGUCACUGUGUGUUUUUUUUUCUCACCAUUCGCCCCAAUCGCCGCGAAUUCUAUCAACAUUUCUCCUCGAUUAAGUGACUUUGUUUUUUUUAUUCUUUUAAAUUAAGUUCAUUGUGCCGUUUUGUUUCUCUACAUAAGUUUCCGAGUAUCCACACCGAGAGGGAGAAGAAUUAUCGCAAAUUUUCUCCUCACUCAAAAUUGUGCGCAAAGUGUCUGGCUUUAAACUGAUCUGUGCAGUUAAUCCUGGGAUUAGGCUUAUAAGUGUUAUCCAAUUCGAAGGAGAGUGACUGCCAAAUGAUCAACUUAUGGGCUGAACAGUCGCCGAACAGCAACAUUUGCCCAUAAAUCCAUGGAAAUGCCCAUUAAUUGAUACACAUUAAUUGAGCACAAAAGUAUACGCGAGUGAAUUCUUUUCUACACUGUUGACUGUGUGUUUUUUUUUCGCGAGAAAUUGUAAAAGUUGAUCUUUUUGUUCGCAUUUGAGACUGUUUGCAGCGAGAGCGAAAGAGAGAGAGAGAGAGCUGGGGAAAACCACUGGAUCGUUUUUCCCUCAAAAAAAGAAAUAUAGUAACCCAAAUAUUAUAGUUUCCGUUGAAUUUCAUCCACCCCGCGCUCAGUCAUGGACAAAUGAAAUUCUUCCCUCUCACCGUGCCGAAAAAAAGGCCCGAUGGCGUGUGUGUGUGAGGUUUUAAUAAAAUGGUGUUGAACCUACAAGAAAAGCUAUAACAGAUUAUCUAUUAUUACACAAAAAAAUACCAUUGGAAUGUGCAACACACGAAGAAGAAGUGGCAACAUCGCUCUGUGGAAUUUCAAUAUGGCGGGACAGAGUGGAUAAUACACCCAUCUCACUCACCAUCCGUCCAGCAGUGUUGAGAGGAGUGAGAAGGCGCGACGGAGAAGUUUGUGUUAUACUGUUGAAUUGAAAUAGUGUGUUGUGAAGAAAAAUACAAGAAGUAGAAGGUUCGAAAGGCAAGAAAAAAGGUUUUAUAUUUCUCCUCUAUACCCACAAUAGAGGAAGAUUUGUGUAUGUAGUUUGAGAAGUACAUGAGAGAGAGAAAGAGAGAAGCAAAACAAGAAGAUAGUUCACAACAAGACAAGAAAAGAUAGGGCGAAAAAAAACACGGGGGAAAAGGGCCCGAAUAAACUCUGUGCGCGGGUAAAAAGUUAAAAGAAAAGUGUUGAAUAUGCCAAAAAGACAUAGUAAAAAUGGUGAACUUCACUUGCCCGAUGGUUGGGAAAUUGGUCAGGACUACGAUGGAAAGAUCUACUACAUUGAUCACAACAGCAAGAAAACCACUUGGAUCGAUCCAAGAGACAGAUAUACAAAACCAUCAAAUUUCGCCGAUUGCAUUGGCGAUGAAUUGCCAUUGGGCUGGGAGGAGGCCUAUGACACCAUCAUUGGCCGAUACUAUAUCAAUCACCUCAAUCAAUCAACACAACUCGAAGAUCCGCGACAAGAAUGGAAAAUUGUCCAAGAGGCCAUGCUUCGUGAAUAUCUCAAUUCAGCACAGGACGCACUCGAGGCGAAGAAGGAGAUCUACGAUGUGAAGCAGAGGCGACUCAUGCUGGCUCAAGAUGAGUUCAACAAUCUUAACGCGAUGGCCGCAAGUAGAACUAGUCUUUAUUCAUCGUCGAGCUCAAUUAGUACCAAAUUUGAUCCUGAACUUCUCAAAGCUGAUCUGGCUUUGUCCAAGGAACGAGUGCGACGACUGAAGCGAGAACUAGCGCAAAUUACAUCAGAGAUUUCCUUCACACAGCGCGGCGUGGACACACUCUACAAUGUGGAGCAGAAGCUCAGUGCCCGCGAGAAUGGAUGCUACAAUCUGGCUGAAGUUCAGGCGAUACGGGACGAGAUGAUCAAGAUCCAGAAGAAUCUCGUGUCUGGCGAGCAGGAGAAGAAGGAGCUGAAGCGCAGUCUGACGCAACUCAAGUACGAUCUGACGAGGCUUCAGUACGGCAACGGCAGUCCGGUGGUGUCAGCUCUCAAUCUGGCCCAGGAUCGCGUCUGUGCCUCAUCGCAGACGGAUCUCUGUGCGGAUAUCUUCCCACUGGGCGCCAGAUUGGCGGAAGUGGCAAAGACGCGUCUACAGUACGACGAGUGGAAGAAGAGGAUAAAGUACCUGCAGCAGCAACUGGCGGAUCAUGUGGAGAAGAUUGAGCCUGGACAGCUGGAAUCGGACAAGGAUCGAUUGCUUCUGAUCCAGGAGAAGGAGCAAUUCCUCAAAGAGCUCCGCAGCAUACCGACGUCGUCGAAGACACCCAAAGAGGUGGCUGAGAUCCAGUCCACGUGCCACCAGCUGGAGCAGGAGCUCAACCAGGAGUACGAGUUCAGCAAUCAGUGCAUAGCCAACAGAUUGCGAGUGCAUGAGGAAAAGCAGAUGCUGCUGACGCAGCUGCAAGACGCUCUGCGGUCCACCAAACUGCUGGAGGAGAGACUGAAGAGCUUAUCCUCCGGCAGCACCUUCUCCAUCAGCAGUGGAUCUAGUCUGGGCUCUCUAUCCACCGCCAGCAGCAAGGGAUCGCUAUCAGGCCUCAGCUUCACGGACAUCUACGGUGAUCCGCUGUCUACUGAGCCCCAGGUGGACAUGGUGGACCUCCAGCGGUGUAUCCAGAGGCUCUCUCAUCCCUCAGAAGUCUCCUUGUCGCCGCGCAGCAGUCUCUCCAUGGAAACUCCUCCGGCGUCACCAAUGAAAGACUCCUCCGAGUGUGCCACGAAGGGUGACGAGCCCACGUAUGAGAACACGAAGAAUCUGGACCUCAGCUCCACUGUGCUGGACUGCAUGAGACUGGAGGAGAGGCUGCAAGAGCUGGAAUUCAAGCAGAGCAUGGGUCUGGCGCCUCAGCUGUCGCCGAUCUACGAGAAGCCCUCUCUGCUCGAUCUGCCGCAGCAGCAAAUGGCCAUGUCACGAUCAUCCUCCGCCUCCAAUACGCGCUCAGUCUCAGCCGCCGUGAGCAAUGAAUCUGUGGCCGGUGAUUCGGGAGUGUUCGAAGCGUCCCGAGCUCUGCUGCCCAAUCGAGAGGCUGCUCAAGUGCAGAUUGGACUGAAAUACUCCAAGACGGACAGUGCUCUGCACAUUUCACUCGAAAGGGCGAGGAAUCUCACGGCUCUUUGUCCUCUGCAGCAAUGUCAAAUGUACUUCAAAGCUGCCCUCCUGCCAAAUUCGUCACAAACUCUACGUACAAAUAAUUUCACGGACUUCCAGAAACCAGUAUUUGGAGACAGUUUCUCAAUAGCCAUACAUCUGCACAAAGUAUUCACCAAGACUCUCCAGGUUAACGCCAUCGCGAUAUUGGCUGGCCAACGCGAAGAGUGCAUUGGAUGCGCUCAAGUGAGUCUGGCGGAAUUCAAUGCGGAUGACGCAACACUCAAGUGGUAUAAUAUCCUCAACUUCCGCUACUUGAACAACCUGGAGACCUUUGAGGUCGUCGGAGCGUGCAAGGAGGAAUCCUCGGACGAGUCCACAAUCAUCUCCUCGCAGACCUCAACACUGACACGCAAUCAGGGCCAGGAGGAUGUCCAUCAUGCCGCUCUGGCGAUGGAAUUGAAUCAAAGACUGAACAUUAACAGCGACGAUGAGGAUCAAUCCGCUGAGGCGAGUGGCGGCAAGGAUGACGAUGAGUCGAGCACUGAGGAUGAGGAUCAGCAUGAGUCCACUGAGCAGAUGCUGGCGGACUACAUGAAUGAGGUGCAGAACUACACGCCAGAGAUGGCGGACAAGGAGACCAACACCGAGUGUGCGUUCCUACCGGAGAAGGCGCGAAGGAGACUCCAGGAAACUGCAGCGAUGUCCAAAGAAACCAUUGACGAUCGCCUGGUUAAGCGAUCACAAACCUUCUCACCAAGCGCUGUUGUCAGCAAGAAUCGCAUCUGCCGACUCAAUCGAAGUGAUUCCGACUCAGCCAUGCACUUUGGAGCCGCAACACUCCUGCAUCCUUUCCAGCGGAACUCAAUCGAGCGACGAUCGCUGCGAUUCCACAACAGACUACCAAAACCUGUGUCCAAAAUUCAUCCAAGUUCAAUUCCACGCACAAGUCUGGAUUUAGAGCUCGAUCUUCAGGCUCAGCACACGAAACUCGAGACACUCAAUGACGAGAUCUCUAAAUUGAGGGACUUGAAGCAGCGUCUUGAGCAAGCACGAGACGCCAAUGAUGCUAAAGUGGCCGCCUGGGCACUUGAGAAUGAGGACUUCCAGAAGCUGGUCGAGACGGCGGAUCCAAACACGCCAGACGACAAGAAGCUGCAGAAGUUGAUGCAUAAGAAGUCAAAGGAGAUCUACAAGCUCAGGAAGACACGCCUAGGCAAGGGACAACCCGACAUUGUGUCUUUCAAAGAAAAGAUGGCUUUCUUCACGCGAAUGGGAAUGUCAGUGCCUGAAUUGCCAACGGAAAAUGCAUCGAAUGAGGACCUAACAUUGCCUGACAAUCUGCACGGGCCACUGAAUCCCUCUCGUCGCAAGAAGAUGCCGCCGCCGCCAAGCUAUCCGCACGCGGAAGCCGUUCAACUCCUGCACACCGCCGCCGAGAUUCACCCAAUCCCAGCGCCGCGGACAAUCAGCGAGAGCAUCGCCGAAGAGACAGAGCCGCCAGAUUAUGUGGUGGACAGAAACUACGGCGUGGAAGUGUAGGAUUUGUGGUGAACUUCAUUGCUUCGAGAGAGCCUCAAAGUGCAAUAAUUAAGAUUAGAGAAAAAACGUAUCUAUUUUACUUUAAGUGUCUCUCAUGAUGGAAAAUUUAUCACAACUAUUCUUCACAGUAUCCAGAACACUGUAUUUUAUUGCUUCCUUGACUCUGUGAUUUUGAAGUAGCAUGAACAUUUCUCUUAAUUUUUUUAAAGAAAAAAAAAUAAAAGGAAAACAUUUACAAUGGA